AUGUGUAGUGCAAUGUGCCAAGGCUUGAAGUCUCCAGUGCGACGACUGGCAAACCUUCGCAAAGCUAAAAAUAUAUCGACGUCUAUUGUACACAAUGAAACUAUUUUAGUUAAGAACAAUGAUGAGUUUGUGCACAAGGUAAUGAACAAUGAAAAGCCAGUGAUAGUGAAUUUCCACGCGGAAUGGUGCGAGCCGUGCAAGAUCCUCACGCCGAAGUUGAAGGAGCUGGUCGAACCACUACCGAACCUGGAUUUGGCGAUAGUGGAUGUCGAAGAGAACGCUGACCUUGUUCAUACAUUCGAGGUGAAAGCGGUACCAGCGGUAAUAGCGAUUAGCAACGGUUUAGUCGUUGACAAAUUCAUCGGUCUCGUAGACACGGAUAUGAUCAAUAACCUCAUAGACCGGAUGUCGAAUAAGAAGAAGGACGACUCAUAA